GCUCUCUACGAGGCCUCGGUACCGGAAGAUGCCGUUCCGGGCAGCGUGAUCACGCAAGUGCGAGCCACAGAUGCCGAUGGAACUGAGGGAACGCAUCUUCUGUACAGAAUUGCCGGUGGAUCUGGUCGAGAGCUGGUGUUCAUACAAGAGGACGGCACUUUGAUUUUGGGCGAUUACGCUUUAGAUCGAGAGACUCUAAAACAGUUCGACGUAAUUGUAGAAGCCAUAGAUAAUAGUGGAAACAAGGAUUCAACAACUGUGCGAAUAACAGUGGAAGAUCAAAAUAAUCACGCUCCUGUCUUCGAACUUGAUAACUUGGUUUGGAACGUCACCGAAGGUCAAUCUUUGACCCUUUGUGCAUUGGUAAAGAGUUAUACACUCAAUUUUAGGUUCACGGGAUGCCACAUUAGAGAUUGUCGCAACGGAUAG